GCCGGGGACUGCAGGAUGGAAAGGCAAGCAACUUAGGAUGUUCGACGGAUUUGUUGUCCCAGAUAAGCCCAGAAAACCCGAAGCAGAUGAAUGCUGCAUGUCGGGAUGUGCCGUAUGGGUGUACGAUCUAUAUACUGCAGCACUUGAGGGCUACAAGCAAGCUAUGGAGGCACUACGAACUACGUUAACGGCGCACAACAUACCGGAAAAGGAGUGGCCGAAAGACGUAAGAGCUGCUGGACCACGAAAUGAAAAUAAAAGGGCAAAACAAGGUCCUUUACGAGACAUCACGCUCAAUGCAUUCGAAGCACUCGA